GCGCAGAAGAAGCACUGUCUCUGCUUUUGCCAUUUUCCAUUCCUCCUGAUUCUCAAGCGAUUUUUAGGUUGUUUUUUUUUUAACUUAUUUGUACUCGCACAUACGUUGGUUGGACUCGUGUGUUGGGCUUCUAGUGUUUCUUGGUCAGCAUGGCAGUCGUCAUCCGUUUACAGGGACUGUCAAUAGCAGCUGGUUCUCAGGACAUUCGCAAGUUCUUCAGUGGCCUUAGAAUUCCAGAUGGGGGAGUGCAUAUAGUUGGAGGCGAGUUAGAUGAAGCAUUCAUCAUUUUUGGUUCCGACGAGGAUGCAAGAAUUGCCAUGACUAAAUCCGGUAAUUAUAUCAAAGGCUCACCUGUUAAAUUGCUGCUGAGCAGUAAAACAGAAAUGCAAAAUGUACUGGAAAGAAGUUCUAUGAAUUUGGGCAUGGACCAAAGAAAAAUGCUAAAUGACAAACCAAGACAUAUGAAGAUGGAAGAAAUGAGGGGCCCCAGGCGUUCAGCAGAUCAUGGAAGGCCUUCAGGCAGAUUGGGCUAUUCUCCACCGAUACAGCACAGAAGGGCUUCGGGCUUUGAAAAGGAAAGACAACUGAUGCUGCGCGGGAUGCCCUUCUCUGUCACUGAGAAAGAUGUGUUAAAGUUCUUUGAGGGUUUGGCUGUAGAAAAAGUGGUUCUUAUGCAGAACAAUCGUGGACAAAACAAUGGGAAUGGCCUUGUAGCAUUUGCAUCAAAGGAAGAUGCAAACCAUGGGCUAAAGAGACACAAGCAAUACAUUGGUACAAGAUUUGUUGAGAUCUAUACACUAAAAGAAUGGCAACAGGUUUCUGGGGAAAUACCACUGGGUGCAUCUCUGUCUGGUAUGUCUCAGAGGCAGCAGCAACCGCCACCUCGCAGUCAGGAGGAUUCACAAUACCAUGGAAGAUCAAGGUCCCCUUUAGUCCGUGGCUCUUCACCUUCAAGUGGUGAAUACUGUGUUCUUUUGGACAAUCUGUCCUUUUCAGCAGAAAAACAUGACAUCAUGAAGUUUUUCUCUAGAAUCAGACUUGGAAGUGAUCAGAUUCUCUACUUACUGAAUGGCAGUGGAUCAAGAACAAGACGUGCAUUUGUGCUUUUUAAAAGUCUACAGGAUUACCGUGAUGCUUUGGAUCGAGACAACCGAACAAUGGCGAAUCGAAAUAUUAGUAUUCGUCCAAUCUCAAGAGAAAAAAUGAUCAGGCUUCUGGAAGAUCAGAAGCUCAAUCCUACCAGUGACAAAAACAGCAUCCAUAUAAGGUCCCUACCAUUUGAUGUGAGGAAAGUUGAGGUUAUGGAUUUCUUUAUUGGAUUUGAUGUGGCUGAAGAAGAUGUUAUCCUCCGGCGAGAUCAUAAAGGAAAUGGCCUUGGUGAGGCUAUAGUUUCAUUUAAGACAGAAGAGGAGGCUAUGGAGGCCCUCUCACUCAAUGGACGAAGGUUUCUGGGGUCGGAGGUACGCUUACGGGGAGUUUCACAGUCUGAAAUGCAGGACUUGAUUAACCCAAAGUCUUUCAGAGAAGAUCGCUAUCCGGAGAGGAACUUUGAAGGUUCCUUUGUUCCAGACAUGGAGUUUCUUCCAAAAAGACCACUUAGAGAGGAGCGACCUCGUGUCUCUAGGGACUUAACACGAGGCUCACAUAGUGAAGGCAGAGAGAGUACACGUGGUGGGGCCAGGCUCUCCGGUCAUGAUGGUCCUACCUGUAUAAAGCUUAUCAACCUACCAUUUAACAUAAAAGUAGAAGAUGUUUAUGACUUUUGCUAUGGCUAUAAAAUAAUCCCUGGGUCUGUUUCACUGCAGUAUGAGAAGAAUGGGGCUUCAAAAGGCACUGCAACUGUGGUGUUUGAGUCCCGGCAGGAGGCUCUGACAGCCAUUGAUGAUCUUACUGGUAGACCAAUUGGCCAAAGAAAAAUUCAACUUGUAUUUCUAUAAAAACACAUGUAUUUUUGUCAUCUGGAAAACACAAAAAGUGUUGCUCUUUGCAUAUGUAAAUCUGUGUGCCAUAAAUGUACUUAUGGAAGAUGCUUUUCUUUUGUAAAAUAGGUGAUUUUGUGAAAUUGUCUUGAAAUAAGGAAGGAAAAAAUUAAAUCUUCUGAAAGU